AUGGGUGCUGUUGCCGUGACGACCCGGCCCCACAUCUACUACUGCCGCUCGCCCAACAUGGAGGUCUUCACCUGCUGGUGGCAUCCACUUGACAACAACUCCGAGAGUGACGACAACAUCACCUACAGCCUCACCUACUCCUUAGAGCGUGAGUGUCCAGACUAUGUAACGGGCGGCCCCAACAGUUGUCACUUUGACAGCGGCCACACGUCCAUCUGGACCAUAUACUGCAUGAACGUGAUGGCCAGGACCUCCCACGGAGUGUUCAGCUCCAAGGACCACUGUCUGGACGUGGCUGAUAUAGUGGAGACAGAGGCUCCGGUUAACUUGACCUACUCCCUGUUGAAUGAGACGGAGGAGGAAGCGGGCCGCACCGCCAUGGUGUCCUGGGUUUACCCCAAUCCCUCCCACAUCCAGUACGGUUGGAUCACCCUGGUCUUCGAGCUGCAGUACCGAAGCAUCGCCGAGCCCAACAACUGGAAGGUGAAGGGCUUGCUGAGAGAGCCUUGGCUGGAGCUGCUGGAUCUGCCGGUAGGAGAGUACAUUGUCAGGGUGAGAUGCCGUUCCCGCAACAAUGGUCUCUGGAGCAAGUGGAGCACCCCUGUCCUACUCUGUGUCCCAGCCAAAUCUACCCCCGAUAAGCUGCUGGCUCUGCUUUUGGUGACCGGUGUUGGGGUCAUGUUGUUGCUAGUCAUCGGCUUUGGAAUUAUCCUACAGGGCAAAAGGAUAAAAUCAUUCCUUCUGCCUCCAAUUCCCAAACCACGCAUCAGAGGCAUCAAUCCCCUGCUUCUGAAGAAAGGGGGCUUUGACGAGAUCAACCGUCAUUUCAUCUCCUUCCAUGGCUAUAAGCCCCCAAGCUACAGCGAGGAGGAGGUCUGGGACCCUGUCAGCAUGGACAGCAACCAAUCUCUCCAGGCUCCCCCGGGGGUCCUAGCAGUCUGGAAGGAGGAUUAUGAUAUGGCCAUCCACAACCAACUACUGGUCCAGACCACCUCCAUCCACGUCCCUUAUACACCAGUCCCCGCCUCUUACACCCCAGUCCCCGCCCCUUACUGCCAGGCUCCAGUGGAAGCCUUCCCGACUGCGUGGGAAUGGCCAACAGCAAACCCCGACCAGCCGGAGCUUCUGGCCUUCCCGGGCACUGACUACAGCAUGAUGGUGGAUCCCACCCCCGUACCGCCUCCGGACCAGCAGGCCCCGCCCCUAUCAUCCACCCAGGACUUCUACACGUGCGUGAACGUGCUGGGUGACAACGGACAAGUGCAUCUGGUGCCCUGCCUGCCCAACCACCUGAAACACAGCCCCUACGUACAGCAGGAGGAGGAGCUAGAGGAAGGAGGGCUGGAGAAGAGCAGCCAGUUAGAUGACUACCUGGCUAAGAAGAUGGAGGCAGUAGCCAACGGGAGUGCUCCGGGAGAGACAGUGGUGGAGACAGAGAGUGUGGAGCAGAGUGAAAUGGCUGUGCCUUUACUGCCUGGAAAACCUGACACACAGGGCAACAGGGUGUGA